AUGACCAUAGGAGUGGAGGUAGGAAGAAACAAUAUGUUUUCCAGGGAUAGUGAGAAGAGGUCCUCCCCAAAUCAAGUGACUGAAGCAAUAAAGGUUGCCAUAGAUGUGGGUUACCACCACUUUGACUGCGCUUUUUUUUAUCACAAUGAAAAGGUGGUAGGAGAAGGUAUCCAGCAAAAGAUUAAGGAGGGCAGUGUGAAACAAGAGGACCUUUUCAUCAUUUCCAAGCUCUGGAAUACCUUCCAUGAGAAGUACCUUGUGAAACGUGCUUGCCAAAAUAGCCUGAAGGAUCUACAGGUGGACUGUUUGGAUCCUUACCUGAUGCGUUGGCAUAUGGGUUUUAAGGCAGGAGAUGAUGACUUACCAACAGAUCAGAAUGGGAUGAAUAUUGCCAGUGAAAUAGACUACUUGGACACAUGGGAGGCCAUAGAGGAUCUGUUGAGUGAGGGACUGGUGGAAUCUAUAGGGGUUUCAAAUUUCAACCAUAAACAAAUUGAGAGACUUUUGAACAAGCCUGAUUUAUGAUAGAAGCCAACAAAUAACCAGAUAGAGAGCUACCCAUUCCUCAUUCAGGAGAAGCUGAUCAACUAUUGCCAUUCAAAACAUAUCUCUGUGACAGCCUAUUGCCCUCUUGGGGGCACAAGUGAUGUCAUCAAUGAACCCAUUCUUAAGAAGAUUGCUGAAAAAUACAAGAAAUCUGAAGCUCAGGUUUUGAUUCGAUUUCAGAUACAGAGAAAUAUGGCCGUAAUCCCUAAGUCUGUCACACCAAGUCAAAUAAAAGAGAACUUCCAGUUUAGUAUUGCUGGCUGGUAG